CUGUUUAUAUAAAUAAUGUUGGUCUUAAUUCCUUACAAGUCUUGUGCUACUAUCCCAAUAGAUGAAGUUUAUUUGGCUCUUAGCUUUGUGUGCUGCAAUAGGCAAAUCUGCUUAGCGACUAAUUCCCACACAGCUGCUGUCUGCUUUAUUCCUGAGUCUGAACAUAUCAAUGGAGAGAAUGGCUGGUACGUACCUAGAUCCGAUGGUAGCUUUUAUUGGAUAGAUAAGGCUGAAGCAGAAAUGGUGCUCAAAGCGGUAAGAAGCUUAUUGAAUGAUGAAAUACAAAAUGCUCCGGUCGACUUCUACCUGUUCACCAAGUCGAAUCCCACCGAAGGAACCAAUAUCACAGCGACUAACAAUUCCAUUAAAGAAUCCAAUUUCAAUGCCAAUAACCCAACAAGAUUUAUUAUCCACGGCUGGCGCCAGGACAGAUUAUCGGAUAUGAACAACAAGAUUCGUGACGCCUGGCUGAGCAAUGGCGAAUACAACGUGAUCGUCGUAGAAUGGGCUAGUGCACAAACAUUCUAUUAUCCUAAGCCCGUUGAGGCUGUAUCCACCGUGGGGAAGAAGGUCGCCAACAUGAUCAAUUAUCUUGCGUCCGACCAUGGAUUGAAAUUCGACACUCUGCACGUCAUCGGACAUAGCCUGGGCGCCCAUGUCGCUGGCUAUACUGGCAAGAACACCAACGGCCAGGUGCACACCAUCAUCGGUCUGGACACCGCUCUACCCCUGUUCAGCUACGACAAGUCCGAAGAGCGUCUCUCCUCCAAAGAUGCCUACUACGUAGAGUCCAUUCACACCAGCGGUGGCACGCUGGGCUUCCUCAAGCCCAUUGGUAAGACCGCCUUCUAUCCCAAUGGUGGCAAAGCCCAGCCGGGUUGCGGUAUUGAUUGGAUCAGUAUCUGCGCUCACAGACGUUCUGUGAUCUACUAUGCUGAAGCUGUCUCCCACAAAAACUUUGGCACCAUUAAGUGCGCUGACUAUGAGGCAGCCGUUAAUAAGGAGUGCGGCAGUACCUACAGCACCGUUCGCAUGAGCGCUGAUGGCAAUGCCGACGAGGUCGAGGGUGUCUUCUAUGUGCCGGUGAACAGCGAAUCUCCCCACGGCAAUGCCAACUAUGUAGUAAUGUGACGCAAUCAAUCAAAUAAUUAGACUAGGUAAUCUAGUUGGGUUUACGACGCUAAUCAUAUAACUGAACGAUACACCUUGAGGCUAUAAUCCAUACUAUAGUGUGGUAUAUACAUACAUAUAUACUUAUACGGUAACCGGUACUGCUAUCAACAUAGUAAUUCAAGCAAUUCCAUUAGAAGCAAACAAUAUAUGGACUUGUCGUUUCCCACGCAGUGCAUAAAUCAUACGACAUUGAUGUAGGCCUCCACCGAUAAAGAUUUAUGAUCAGUGAUAAUUAUUAAUUAUACUUGUGGUUCACUAAAUGACUUCUAAUUGUA